GCGGCCGGGCUCCCGCCUCGCCGGGGCGGGCCGGGCCGGGCCGGGCAAGUUUCCCCGGAGUCUCUGCUGCCAUGAGUCCGCCCGGCUGGGCGGCGCCGAGGGAGCAUGCCCGAGGAAGCGGCGGGGGAGAGGCGGGGGGGGCACCCCCAGCGGUCUCCGGGCCUGGAGAAACUGAGGCACUUCAGGACGUACAAGCGGCGGUGGUUCCUCCUGGUCGUCGUCUGCCUGCUCAAUUGCUCCAACGCCACGUUGUGGCUGACGUUUGCUCCAGUGGCUGAUCAAGCAGCAGUCUAUUUCAACGUAUCUUUGGAUACCAUUAACUGGCUAUCCUUACUGUAUCUUCUGAUAUCCAUUCCAUUUGGACUGGUGGCCACAUGGCUUCUUGAUACUGCUGGACUCAAAUUUACCAUAAUCCUCAGUGCCUGGCUGAACAUGAUUGGCUGUGUUAUCCGGGCUUUCAGUGUCAUGAAUUACGUGAGAAAUGGAAUCUUGGGCAGCUUGUUCCUGUUUGUGGGACAGUCCCUCUGUGCACUGGCACAGCCACUCAUCAUUUUUUCUCCGACUAAGCUGGCAGCCCUCUGGUUCCCAGACCACCAGAGAGCUAUAGCAAAUACAAUAUCUUCAAUGUCCAAUCCCUUGGGCAUACUUAUAGCUAACUUGGUGUCACCUGCACUUGUGUCUGAAGGAAAGGAUAUCCCAACGAUGCUUGGAAUUUAUGCCAUUCCUGCAGUAGUAGCCUGCAUGCUAGCAGUAGCUGCUGUACAUGACAAGGUCCCUCCAACUCCACCAUCGGCAAGUGCUACAAAUUCUACCUCCCAGCCAUUUUUCACAGGCUUGAAAAUGCUUAUGAAAAAUAAAGCAUACAUCAUCCUGGCAAUCUGUUUUGGAGCUGGGAUUGGGAUUUUCACCUGCUUUACAGCUCUUUUGGAACAGAUCCUCUGUGUAAAGGGGUAUUCCAAUUUUUUUGCAGGCUUGAAUGGUGCAUUGUUUAUUGUGUUUGGCUUACUUGGUGCUUUUCUCCUGGGACUAUAUGUUGACAGAUCAAGAAGAUUUAUAGAAUCUACCAAAAUCUGUUUUGGUCUGGCUGCAUUAGUCAGCAUCGCAUUUGCAGUAAUGACAAGUUUCAGAAAUCAGGCUAUUCCUUUGGCUUUGAUCUGCUCGCUGUUUGGGUUCUUUGGAUUUUCUGUUUACCCAGUUGCUAUGGAACUGGCUGUUGAAUGCUCCUUUCCAGUGGGAGAGGGUACAUCCUCAGGCCUGAUUUUUGUAUCAGGUCAGAUCCAAGGAGUGAUCAUCAUGAAGCUGAUGCAAGCCCUCAUAGUGCAGAUUCCUAAGGAUCCACUUUCUACUUGUGCUGGAGAUGAAGGCGGGACAGUAGAUUGGAUAAACUCAACACUGGGGAUGGCUGGAAUACUCAGUGCUACUGCCUGCUUUUAUAUCAUCUUUUUCCACACUGACUACAGAAGGCUGCAUGCUGAAGCAUUUGAUGGUUCCUCAGUCAACAAAAUGGAAGAUAAGGAAGUCAUAGCUCCUGGAGUCUAGAACAUCUAGACUUUAUCAUACACUGACAUGCUGAUAAAGGAUGAUUAAUCUUUGCAUAUGGUCAGCUAGCACACUGGGAUCUUAACUUUGGCAGAAAUGGGCUAGAACACUUCAAAUACGUCUCUGUUGUGCCUAAUUAGUUAGACUAGACCUAGACUAGACUAAUUUACAAAGGUGGGGGUGGGGGAAAAUGUAUUCAGGCUUUUGAAAUCAUGUUCAUUCAGUUCUUGAACAAAGGAGGAUUGGAUAACUAUGUAAAUAAAAUGAAUGUUCAGUUGUAAGAGUGAAAGUUUGAAAAAGGUGUUAGAGAAGAAAUGUGCAUCAUGUUUUAUGUCCACCUAUAACUCUUAAGGUUUGACAUGAGAACGUCAUAGGAGGGGCCAGUUUCACCACACCCACCUUUCAUCUUUUGGGCACACUGAAGUUAGAAUACAGGACUAUAGAGAUACCCAUGUCCCUUGAGAGUUAAACCAAGGGUGAACUUCUGUCAGUGGAGUGGUGUGGAAGCUGGGAGUUCAGCUUUUCUAUUUCUGUUCACAUCAGCAGUGGUUUAUUGUAUAUUCUGUAACAAGCACUCAUAUUGCAAGCAAGAACAUUGUUUGAUAAUAACCUAUGACAAUUUACCUGUCAAGAUGAGAUUAAAAAUAUUUUUAGUGCCAAGUAUAAGAGAAAUUAAUAGUCAGGAGAUAUUAAAAUCAUUGGCUUUUAAUAACAACCUUCCACUACCAAUUCAUGUGUCAUCUGUUCAGUGGUGCAGAAUAUACAUUUCUAUUUUAUCUUAUACCGCUGCUAUUUAUUCAGAAACUCUUGAUUAUUUUUAAUAGUUUAAGUUUAACAAGAAAAAGAACCUGCCAACUUCUGGAGGGUAUUCAUAUUACGACCAGAGUGCCCAACUAACUCUAGCACACACUUGUGGUAAAUAAUCAAGGGAGAGUACUGUGAAAGACAAAAAGAUGGGAGAAUUUCAGAUGCAGCUGAUUGCCUGCAAAAUGAACAUGGCAUGAACUAAUAAUAAUUUAGGUCAUUUCUCCAGCAGGUCCUGUUUGUGGCUAAGCUAAGACAUCAAGGCAGGAGCAAAGGUGACCUCUCACUUGGAAUAUUCAUGUCCCUGCUGGCUGAGAGGUUCCAGCCACACCUUGCCCCCUGGCCACCAUAUAGUUCAAGGGGUGGUAUCCUGCAUUUAUUUCAGGAUAUCCUAGAUCUGCCCACGAUCCCAAUUAGUUCAGCUACAGUUCUGCUGAUACAAUACAUUAGAUUACAGCUCUCUGCUACAUUCCCAUUAUACACUAAAAUUCAUAGGAGGGGAGAAAAAAAAUCUCUAAAACACAGGCUUUAAAUAGGUGAGAUACUACAAUUCAAGGCAAAACUGCUUUAGAACAUGCCUGUAUAAGCAUCUGACAAGCUGUCUUUUAGUUUGUUGAAAAAAAUGACAAAUUAAUUUGCCCUUCCUAAACCCUCCUGUAUUGGGAUCAAAAUGUACUUGAUAUAUCAUUACUGUUUUUUCUGUCUGCACCUGUACAGCUAUUAAAUGAUAUAAUGUGCUUCUAAA